CUUUCACAUACUCUUUCACAACAGUAAAGCAAAAAAGCUCCAAAACCUCCCCAAUAUAAUUUUCUCUGUAAUCCUCUCUCUCUCUCUCUCUCUCUCUCUCUCUCUCUCCGAAGCACAAAGAGUUAAUGGAAGUCUCAUCAAGGCUUUUCCUCCUCUUGAUCUCCCUUCUCAGUCUACUCUUCCAGCUUUCUGACUCUGCAACAUUGGUAGUUGAUGGAGUUUCACAGUGGAGAAACCCAACUGUUUAUGUUGGAGAUUCUAUCAUUUUCAAGCACAAGUAUAAUUCCAAGCUUUACAUUUUCCGGAACAGAGGAGCCUUCGACCUCUGCAACUUCACUCAAGCUGUGCUUCUUACCAAGCCCAAUUCCACCUCCUUCACUUGGCAUCCCUCGAGGCUAGGUUUCUUCUACUUCGCCUUCAACAACGGCUCUGCCGCACCAUGCCAACAAGGCCAGAAACUAGCCAUUAAGGUGUCUUUGUCACCUUCUAAAAACUCCGCCGCCGCGCCUGUACCAUCUCCAGCGGUAGAUCCGGUGAUGCCGGCACCGACUUCCGGCGGAAUCGUAUCAUCAUCUCCAGCCUACCCGUGGCCGUUCCAUCCUCACGAAUCGACGCCGCCUAGCCAGGCCCCCAGCGCAGAUUUACCGGCAAAUAGCCCGUCGUGGCCGGGGAACGGGGACGGGAUACCGUUUAUAAACAGUAAUCCGGCUGUGCCUUUGCCUACUGGUGAAGUGGACUCUGCUACGAUAAGCCCUUUGGCCGCAUCUGGACAUGGAGGGAAGGUUGUUGUUGGGUUUGCAGUACAAAUGGCUCUCUGUUUUGUGGUUUUGCUGGUCCUGCUAUGAGAGAGAGAGAGAGAGAGAGAGAGAGAGAGAGAGAGAGACGAGGGGUAGCAGUUUUUCUUGUGUAGAAAGUUGAGCUAGAAAAGCUAUUGGGGUUAACUUGGGCAGAGAACUGUGAUUUCUUGAAUCUAAAGUAGCUUUAAGGGCCAUGAUUAUACCAAUGUAAUUAUAUGCUUAUCUUGACCCCACUUUUGGAAUUAUUUAGCACUUUUUUGCCCUUUA